AUGGGGAGGAAAGGGUGGUUUUCUUCAGUGAAGAAAGUUUUCUUUUCUGAAUCCAAAAAGGAUCAGUUAGGAUGUUUUGGGGCUUAUCACCCAGAGGAUCUAGAAGGGGCACCGAUUGCCAUUGUUCCAUCACUUCCUCCUAGAAAAGACACCACAGCAAGAGGUGUAGCAGAGAAUGAACAGAACAAGCAAGCCUUUUCUUUGGUUUUGGCUACUGCUGUGGCUGCAGGGGCUGCUGUGGCUGCAGCUGCGGAGGUAUCUCGUCUCUCAAACACGCCUCGUCAAAAUGUGACAGUGAAACAAGAAGUGGCUGCUAUCACGAUUCAAACAGCGUACCGUGGAUAUUUGGCAAGAAGAUCCUUCCGUGGCUUGAGAGGUUUGGCGAGGUUGAAAACAUUGGUGCAAGGGCAAUCUGUUCAAAGGCAAGCGGCUACUACCUUGCAAUGCAUGCAAACUCUUUCACGGUUGCAGUCUCAGGUUCGUGCAAGGAAGGUCAGAAUGUCUGAGGAGAAUCAGGCUCUUAACCGGCAACUACAGCAGAAACGUGAAAAGGAAAUGGAAAGAUUGCAAGCUAAUCAAAUUGGAGAAAAAUGGGAUGAUAGCUCGAAAUCAAAGGAGCAAGUUGAGGCAAAAUUGUUGAACAGACAAAUAGCAGCUAUGAGAAGAGAGAAGGCUAUGGCUUAUGCAUCAACACAUCAGCAAACAUGGAGGAACUCUUCAAAGUCUGCUACAAAUGCCACAUUUAUGGAUCCAUACAAUCCCCACUGGGGCUGGAACUGGCUAGAGAGAUGGAUGGCUACAAGGCCAUGGGAGGGCCAAAACACUACCUAUCAUAUUGGUCAUGCAUCUGCCAAGAGUGUUUCAAGUAACACCAUGUCAGUUGGUGAAAUCACAAAAUUAUAUACUCUCCGUGAUCAGAACAAUGGUUUCAAAACCUCCCCAGCAAACCAAAAAGCAACUCGUCCUUACAGCAACAAUUCCCCUACAAAAGCAGCCUCAAAGAUCCCACCAGCGAAUGGAACAAGGGUUGGUUCAUGGGGUGGCGAUGGCGAUUCAAAAUCCAUGUUCAACCAAAUCUUAGAAAACAAUCGCAGGCACAGCAUUGGAGUGUCACAAAUGAGAGAUGACGAGAGCCAUUCAAGCUCUUCACCUGCUUUUCCCAGUCACACAACACCAUCAACCAAGGUUGCAAAGGCCAAGCCAUCAUCCAAAGUGAGAAGUGCAUCCUCUGCUGCACCAAAAAAUGGAACUCCUGAAAAAGCACCUCCAGCUCCUCUAAAGAAGAGACUCUCAUUCCCUGCUUCUCCAGCUGGUACAAGAAGAUAUUCUGUUUCAACCAGGCCGGGAAAUGUGGCUUCCUAUAAGAGUGUUGUCACUGCUAACAUCCCUGAGGAGAAAAUGAGAGUGAGAAGGUAG